UACAUUACAAAACCAAACCACAAAAAAAUAUCUCUUCCAUACCAUACCGGAAAAAGAAAAGGGAAAAAAAAAAGACAAUGAUUGUAGCACAAAUGGCGUUGUGCUCGUACCCAUAUUUACGCUUACACACUACCACUUCCCCUUUCGAACCCUCCAAUGGCCACCAUAUUCAUCACCAUCCAGUCUUCUCCAAGCCUAAGCGUCUCGAAACUAGAAAUUCAAAUUCAAAUUCAAAUCCAUUGAAUAUCAAGUGUUUUGCAUCGACUUCACAGUCCAAGUCCCAAUCUCAAUCGCCGCCGCCGCUACCGCCUUUUAAGGACGAAGGAGAGGAGAGGAAGUUCUCUGACUUAAACAUGUUGUUUCGUAGAUUCUGGAAGGUGGCUGCUCCUUAUUGGUUCUCUGAUGAUAAGGUUCAAGCUAGGCUUCAGUUAGCUGGUGUUUUCGCUCUCACUCUUGCCACCACUGGCAUCAGUGUCGGUUUCAAUUUCCUUGGCCGUGACUUCUUCAAUGCGCUAGCAAACAAAGACGAGGAACAAUUCACCAAGCAACUUCUGUACUAUCUUUGUGGCUUUGCUGGUGGAAUUCCGUUUUUCGUUUUGAGAGAUUAUGCAAGGGAAACUCUUUCUUUAAGAUGGAGAUGUUGGAUGACAAGCUAUUUCAUGCAACGGUAUCUCACUGAUCGGACCUUUUACAAAAUCCAAUCUCAGUCAAUUAUUGAUAACCCCGACCAGCGCAUAGUGGAUGAUCUUAGUUCCUUUACUUCAACUGCCCUUUCUUUCUCAUUGACGCUCUUCAAUGCUGCCGUCGAUUUGAUAUCCUUCAGCAAUAUCUUGUACACUAUCUAUCCUCCCUUGUUUGUAGUACUUCUUCUCUAUUCCAUUGGUGGAACAGUUAUUAGCAUCUUUCUUGGCAAGGGAUUGGUUACUCUUAAUUUCCUUCAAGAGAAGAAAGAAGCUGACUUCCGUUAUGGACUUGUUCGUGUCCGAGAAAAUGCUGAAUCCAUUGCUUUCUAUGGUGGUGAAGAUAAUGAACUGCAACUAUUGUUGCAGCGCUUCACAAGUGCUUUUGAAAACUUAACUCAACUGUUGAUAUCUUCCAGAAAUCUUGAGUUUUUCACCAAUGGCUACCGAUACCUCAUUCAGAUUGUCCCUGCUGCUGUUGUCGCUCCUAUGUAUUUCUCUGGAAAAAUUGAGUUUGGUGUCAUUAAUCAGUCUGUAUCAGCUUUUAGUCAUAUCCUUGGGGACGUCUCCUUGGUCGUAUAUCAAUUUCAAGCAAUUAGUGCCUUUUCAGCGGUCAUUGACAGGCUUGGUGAAUUUGAUGAUAUUCUGGAUAGUAGCAGAUCCAAGUCUCUCUCUGAUCCCAUGGAGUAUAUCGAUCUUACGUAUUCUCAUGUCAAAGGGUCCCAAGUUUUGGAUUCUAAUGGAUCCACACCACCAACCACAUCUCCGAGAUUGCUGGAUGUAGAAAAUUUGACUCUAAAGACACCAAAAAGUAACUCUACACUUGUUAGAGACUUAUCAUUUGCGAUCGAUGAAAAAGAUAAUUUGUUGGUAGUAGGACCUAGUGGUAGUGGCAAAACUUCUUUGCUUAGAGCACUGGCUGGUCUUUGGAAUACUGGAAAAGGGAAAAUCACAUUCUAUGUGGAGAAAGCAGGUGAUGCUCAAUCACCCACUUCUUCAGAAAUGGCUCCUGUUGAAGAAAAUUCUGCAAACGUGAAUGAGGAGUUCGGAAGACCCAUAAAUAGUAAUUCUAAAAGUGUGUUUUUCCUUCCUCAAAGGCCAUAUAUGGUUUUGGGCUCACUUCGUCAGCAAUUGCUUUAUCCAACAUGGACUGAAGAGGUAGUUGUGUCAGAUACCACCAAACCUGGAGGUUCAUUGCCUUUCUUGACGCAAGUUCCAAACUCUAAAAAUGUGAGUGAAAAGCAUCGCGUCCCUGUUCCUACAACAGAUGAUUUAACACAGGUUUUAGAAGAUGUCCGCAUUGGCUAUAUAUUGUCUCGCUUCAAAGGUCUUGACACGGUAUAUGAGUGGUCCAGUGUUCUUUCCCUUGGCGAGCAACAACGCCUUGCUUUUGCACGUUUGUUGCUUUCUAAACCAAAGUUGGCCCUAUUGGAUGAAUCCACCAGUGCUUUGGAUGAGGUCAAUGAGGCCCAUUUGUACGAGAAGAUGAAGGCAGCGGGCAUCACAUAUAUCAGUAUUGGUCAUCGUCGUACCUUAUAUGCUUAUCAUAGUAGGGUCCUAGAUAUAUCAUCGGCAGAUGCAGAUAGCAGACAACGCAAUUGGAACAUCAAAUUCAUUGAGCAGGACACUUUACACAAUUUCUUGAAGUUAUAGUUGUAGCUGCCCUAAAGUUUGGUCAAAAUGCUUUAAACCGAUUUCUUCAUCAAAUUGAAAAAAGGAAAAGAAAAAGUACACAGCAAAAAGGUUUCCUAUGGAUCAUACUUCCAGCAGGUAAAAUGUAACCACUUAUCACUUCAAUAUAUAUUAUAUAUAUUAUAUGUGAUUACUUAUAGCUAUUGCAAGCAAAUUCUUGAAUGUAAAUUUUUGUCGGCUUUGACAUAUUAUCUUAGUGCUAGUUGUAAACUUACUAGUGCAUCAUGUGCUUUAUUUUAAUUUUUAGGGAAAAUUUUGAUGGAUUAUGGUAAUUAUUGUGGCAUGUGGAGUUCAUUAAAACCCAAAGUGAAUAUUAUAAAAUUCACUUGAAAUGUGAUAUGAUAUCUACCAUGUUUGCUGUUA